AUUUGCGAGAUGACUUCAUAUUUCUUCAGGGACAUAAAGCUAUCCGUUUUUCCAUCGUACAAGUAUCAAGUCAAGCUCUGUUGGUUGGGUCGGGUGACCUGGAGUAGACUACAGCCCGCGUUCGCCGAGCACCAGGCCUAUGCAGUCCUCCGCACGCAACGCAACUUACCUUGGUAUCCGGGCUUUCUUCAAACAGCUAGCCAAGCAGCAAACCAACCACCGAACACAAUUAUCUACUACGGCCUCUGCGAUUCGUCCAGCGACUGCUGUUCAGAGACAGUCGGAACAUGCGCUGCCCCUAGAAGCUUACUUUUCUGAAGAUUCCCCUCUCAUACCGUUAAUUCGUUUCGACUGGAGGCUACGCGCAUCAUCCAGAGCCAACGGACACCUCACACAAACUUCUCACCAGCCGCAGGAUACACACAGAGGCUACAUCAAGCGCAUAGCCCCUCCACGCGUUCACACGCAACCAGGAGACGCGUACUUCGAAGCAAUUCAGGCUUAUGAGGCGCGGUUUCUACCUUUAUUGGAAGCAGAACGAGAUGAGGGCGAAUCCGUCCUGAGAGAACGUCUAGCGACUUGGUCACUUCCGCGGCUACGAGAAGAGGGAUACUGUCUCACAGGCCUAUCUGCCUUCUGGUUGGGUGCCCCACACUUCGGACGCCCCGUUGCAUGUUUUACUCAGGGACCCGGUUUAGUUUUUGCCGAACACAGAUUCCAAAACGGUACGCAAGUACUUGUCUCCCGCCUGGACCCUCUUCAGGAGGUUCUAUACCGCGGCAGCGUCAUGGCUUCCACGUCAUCUCAGAUAAGAAUCGCGUUCGAGGACAAAUUCGACCUCGACGAUGGCCUCUGGAGGAUCGAUGUGGGUAUUUCCAACAUCGUCUUCGAGAGAAUGCGCAAGGCUAUCGCACAUCUCCAUCAAGAUCCUUCCGAACAAGAAGUGAACUCUGCGCCAAACGAACAGUACAUCUUGCAAGGCACGUAUCUGCGUGAUGUGUUACUACGUAGCUUUUCCCUGGGAUCAGCAUCACUCCACCAGCCCCUCCAGGCACCAGACGAAGUGGAGUACGUCCCUCGUGAGACACUUGAGCACGAAAGCCGAGAACUACGUGAUCAUGGCGGUGUUUUUAAGGACGAUAUGAGGAUCCAAAGUUGGGCUAGGAGGUAUGCUUGCCAGGACCCUAUCAAGGUCGACGGAGAUCCACCUUUGGGUGCCUUAAAUCCGACGCAAGUCCGCGCCGUCGCGAUGAUGCUCGGCGAAAGAAUUUGCCUGGUUCAAGGUCCACCUGGGACAGGGAAGACCAAAACUAUCAUCGAGACGGUUAAGCUCCUGAAGGUCCAUUUUGAAGUCCAUCAUCCCAUACUUGUUUGCACAUACACCAACGUUGCAGUAGACAACCUCGUAGAAGGCUUCGCCGCGGCCGGAUUGAAACCCUUGCGCAUUGGCUUCGGAGCCAAAGUCAAAUCGAGCCUUAGCGAAUACACCCUCGACUACCAGCUCGAGAAGCAUCCACUGAAGCCCAAGGUCGACAAACUAGCUGAGGAAGAGACUUCAAUUGAGAAACGGCGGGCACAACUUGAGAAAAAGAUUAAAGAUGUGCAAAGGGAGGGAAGAGAAGGCUCUUCGGAUCGUCUGGAACGCAUGAUCUCCGCAUUGACAAUGCUGGAAAGGCAAACGAUGUCUAUCAGGUCUAAGUUGUAUGCAAUGCACCAGGAGAUGCUUCGAGACGUCACCUCGGCAGCGGACGUGAUAUGCACGACUUGCAUUACUUCGGCAAGUGUCUCCCUAAACGUGCUCGACUUCCCUGUCGUGUUCUUGGACGAGGCAUCCAUGUCAACUGAGCCUGCGUCAUUGAUUCCACUGAUGAGAGGAUCUCGGCACGUCAGCCUAAUUGGAGACCACAAGCAGUUACCACCCGUUAUCGCGAGUCGUGAGGCAAAGAUGAAGGGCUUUGGCACGAGCUUAUUCGAGAGGUUGACCGAAGAAAGAGUGGUACCGUCUAUCAUGCUCGACAUACAGUACAGGAUGCACCCAACCAUCUCUCACUUUCCUUCGCUGGAAUUCUACAACAUGUCAUUGCAGGACGGCACCGUCGACGCGGCUGGGAACGUGUCCCCAGAUCUUGAUCCUCCCUUGUCGAGUCACUUGGAAGUAGACACGCUGACUGGACGCCGACCUUCAGUUGUGUUUCUAGACCACGGCGGUUCCGAGAUGGCCAAGGACCGUAGUAGGGUCAACUGGAAUGAAGCACAUAUCGUAUGUAGCAUCAUCGAGGACCUCUUACUCCGCAACGAGCACCUUCGAGGCAAGAAUAUCGGCGUUAUUGCGCCAUACGCAGCCCAGAUAUCAUUGCUCACACGCCUACUGAACACCGAUGCCAGGUAUCGCAAACGAUUUUUGGCCACGCUCGGGGACUACCGGGUUAUGCAAUUGUCUGAUAUCGAGGUGAAGACGGUGGACGGAUUUGAAGGUCGGGAGAAAGACGUGAUCAUAUUUUCAACGGUACGAAAUAAUAACACUGGUUACAUCGGCUUCUUGGCGGACAGAAGGCGGCUUAACGUUGGUCUUACACGGGCGAAGCGAGGGCUGUUUGUUGUUGGAAGCAUCAACACGCUCAGGAGCGGCAAGAUGGCCAAGGGUCAUGGCGGUGAGCUCGGCUCAGUUCGCGUCGGAAGGGGAGCGGAGACAUGGAAGCGAUACGCAGAUUAUUUGGUUGAGCAACGGAUGGUGUUGCAGCUCACUGGGGAGCGGCUACACAAAGUGUUGUACGGGAACCUGCCAAGUACGAGUCCUCCGAGCGAAUACACUGCCUAGUUCUGACUGUAACCC